UUAUACUAAAUAUUAUUGAAAACUUAGCUUAAACAAACCCGUCUUCAAGGCCUUUCUUGAUAUCGCCGAGUUCAUGAAGGAUAUUUUUAAAGUUCUCUUCUCUUUUUUCAUUAUAUUCACUGAUGAGUUUAUCAUUAAUCGAGUUAUCAGCUCCAUAUUUUAUAAAAGAAUUGAUGAAAUCUUUCUUGUCCAUUUCGAUGUCAUUAGAGAGGGUGUCGCAUUCAGUCUCAAAAUUUUCAAGUGCUUUUCCAAAUUCUCUUUCUACUGCAACAUCUUUCUCUUGAGUGAUUGAGUUUGGAGAGGAGUCUUGGCCAACCUUCAUUUUGACUAGGCCAAACAAUUUGACACAAAUGUUAUUAAUAGAGUUACUCACAUCGGAGAUCUUUCUCAUCUCUUCUUUCUUGUGGCUAGGUAAUUCUUCAAUCUCAAUUCCUGUCUCAUUUCUCAUCUGAGGGUUUGGUACCCUAGUAGUCCUAGAACUUGCACUCAUUUCGAUCUUCUAAAAUUUAACAAUUUCUAUUUUUUAGUAAU